CCAAUGCGCUGACGUACAGAAGUGGUUUUCAUGACUGAACAAACUUAUAUUUUUCGGUUUUACGUUUCUUAAUGAAAAGUAUUGUAGUAACUACACUGAGAAAAUAAACCAAAUUGAUCAGCUCGGCUGAAGUAUGAUUUGGCGUUUUUGUUAUUAAUUUAGUACACUUAUUUUCCACUUGUGAACUGAGCAAAAUAUGAGAUGAGAAAAUAAAAACCUAAAAUACCUGAGUUGUAUUUUUAUCAGCCUUGGUUUUCGAUUCCACCUUGUUUCGCGCUCGAUAAUCUAUUGGUUAUUCUUAAAAAUUAUUUAAAAAAUUUAAAUUCUUUACUUUUAUAAGAAAUUGGCGCCACAAUGUACUACAUAGAAUAUGUCAUCGCUCUGCCAUUCAGCCUUGAUCAGUACCGAGUGGGUUAUUUGUGGUCUCAGCUGCAGUUCAGCAAACAAGAGACGGGUGGGGGCAGUGGGGUGGAGUUUGUGGAGCAGAGGAUCCUCACUGAUCCAGAACCGGGCAAAUUCACCCAUCGCAUUUACUACCUCGAAAAAAAAUUUCCUAAAAUCGUGACUUCAAUCUUGCCAAACAAAUACUUCAGAGUGACAGAAAAGUCAGAGUCAUUUCGAAAUUUCACUGAGUCGAAGUAUUCGCAUGACAGCAUAUCAGAUGAGAAGUUUUCAAUAACAUUAACUUCAACGUCAGCCGAAUCACAUAAGCAAAAUAUUUUCAAUUUGACAGAAGAACAGCUGAAGUCACGAAAAUCGAUCUUCGUAGACAUCACGAAAUGCUUCGACGAAAAAGAUUACGAAGAGAGCGGUGACCCGACCAAGUUCGUCUCCGAGAGAUUGAAGUUCGGACCCCUGCGAGGUUCUGAUUGGGUCAGAGAGACAGACUGUCCCAAUGUUCUUUAUAUCCACAAGAUGUACUCUAUCAAUGUCGCCAUGCCGGGUAUAGGGCACGCAAAGCCAAAGAUAAUUGAGACGUUGACGCGGAUGAUGUACAAGUUCUACCGACAGAUGUUCUGCUGGACUGACGAGUGGCUGCAUUACUCCAUGCAGGACGUGGAAGAGCUGGAGAGAGUGGUCAAGAUAGAACUCAAAAAAUUGCGGAGUGACAAAGAAGCGAGAGGAAUUUCAUCUUGACGAAGGGAGACGAAGACUCUCUGAUUUUGCAUUGACUCGGUUUAAUGUUUCUGAGCUCUGAGAACUUCUUGCACUAAUUCUAAAUCAAACUCUCUGAUGUUAUUAGACGUGAAAAAUUGCACCUAUUGAACUACCAUCAAACCUGAAAAGUUUGAAAAAAAUAAUCAAGGUCCAU